CCUCCCACCACUUCCCAAACCUCCCGCACCUCACGCACCGCACGGCAAUUUCACGAGUUCACGAGCGCGUUGCAGCCUGCGUCAUCACUCCAUCUCGAGUGUAGCGAUCUCAAACCCUCAGUCGUGACAUUGUAACCCGUCGCCAUGUUGUCCGCAAUCUCGUGGGUCCCGCGCGGCGCGGCGAAGCCGUUCCCCAAAACGGCGGAGCUCGACGAGGACGAGGUCGCGGAGGUGCGCCGCCGCGCCGAAGGCGUCGCCGCCUCCGCCGCCGCCGCCGCCGUAGCUGGCGGCGCCGCUGACGCUGAGGAAGGAGAUGAGAGAGACGCAGAGGGGGACGCAGAGAACGACGAGGACGCUGCUAUGGAGGAGGAAGAGGAGGAGGGUGAGGAGGAGGAGGAGGACGGGGAGGCAGACGGGGAGGAGGCAGCGGCGGCGGCGGCGGCGCUUGCGGCGGAGAUUCGGAAAGCGAAGAAGGGCCAAUCGGCGGAUGACAGGCUGGCAGACGAGCUUGCUGAGCUGGACAUGGACCACUAUGACGACGAGGCUGACGCGGCGCCGAACCUGUUCGGUACGGGGAAGGGCAUCGGCGCGGCUUAUUACCGAAGCAACGAGGAAGAUCCGUACCUGACCAAAGCAGAGGGGGGGAUCGACGAUGACGAGGAGGAGGAGAUCGAAGAUCUGACCAUACGCGAUACAGACCUGCUCAUUCUCGCGGCAAGAAACGAGGAUGACGUCAGCUUCAUCGAGGUAUGGGUGUGCGAGGAGCAGCAGCAGCAGCAGCGGGGGGAGGAGGGGGAGGACGAGGACGUGGCGCAAAACGACAAGGAGCUCAACAUGUACGUGCACCACGAUAUCAUGCUCCCCGCGUUCCCCCUCGCGCUCGCCUGGAUGGACUUCAAUCCCGCCUCCGCCGCCGCCGGUUCCGCCGGUGCUUCCGCCGGGGCGGCCGCCGUCGCAGUUGCCGCCGCGGGAGGCGGCGCGAGCAUCCUGGCGCCAGGAAACUUCGUGGCAGUUGCGACUAUGGACCCUGCUAUUGAGAUUUGGGACUUGGAUGUUUUAGACGAGGUCGAACCCGCUGCAUCUUUAGGGGGGUUUGUGACAACAGCGGGGGGGGUUAAGAAGGGUUCAAAGGGAAAGAAAGGGGAGAAGGACAAAGGAGGAAGGAAGGGAAGGAAGGGGAGGAAGGGCCAGGAGAGGGAAGCAAAGCAGAGCGGAAGCAGCCGACAAGGGAAGGCAGGAAAGGUUCAAAAGUCAGCAGCAGCAGUGCUAAAGGAGGGGAGUCACAAGGGCGCGGUGAUGGCCCUCUCGUGGAACCGCGAGUACCGCAACGUGCUGGCGAGUGGCGGCGAGGACCGGCGGGUGAAGGUGUGGGACAUGGCCGCCCAGCGCUGCGACCGCACGCUCAAGCCGCACACCGGCAAGGUGCAGGCCGUGGCGUGGGCGCCCCUGCAGCCUACCAGUCUGCUUUCUGGAUCGUUUGACCGCACAAUCGCUCUGACGGAUGUUCGAUCGCCUGAUGCUACAGUGCUGCGGUGGGGCGUCUCUGCUGACGUGGAGGCCCUUGCGUGGGACCCACACGACAGCACCCGAUUCGUCGUCUCUUCUGAGGACGGGCUUAUCUGUUGCCACGACACGCGGGCGUGCAGCAGCACUGGCACCACCAACCCUAUCGCCAGCUCAGCAUCCCCCGGUUCCCCCUUCCCGAACGCCCUCUUCACGAUUCAUGCGCACACCAAGGCGGUGUGCACCGUUUCCUGGAACCCUAAAAUCCCGCAUCUCCUGGCGUCUGGGUCGACGGACAAGACAGUGAAGCUGUGGGAUCUCACGGGCAACCAGGCGCGCUGCAUGGAGUCGUCAAACCCUAAGCUGGGCGCUGUUUUCUCGGUGGCGUUUUGCGCCGAUGCUCCUGGUUUCCUGGCGAUGGGAGGGUCCAAGGGGAAGCUCAAGGUGUGGGAUACCAGGAAGGUAGCGGAUGUGGGACAGAGGUUGAGUAGAGUAGUGUAGGCAUGGUCAUGUUUGCAGUAAAACUAGUUACUGGUGUGUUAUCGCCUUAGGAGCCCACUGGGUGGUUCAGAUCCAUCUGAACCUGUGUCUAGUAAUGGGGUACAAGUUUUGACAGUGUCAUUGCUACAAUGGCUCAUCUGCCCCAAUCUGUUUUAAGCUUACCACCUAUUAUCA